CUCAGAAACUGUUGUUCGGGGGGACUUUCUUUUUCACGGCUCAAGGGGAAACUGCACUUUUACAAAUCUGUACAUACAAUAUCGCGACUAAAAUAACUGAUAGUUACAAAAAUUAUACGGUUAAUAUUUGCUAUUCGUUAUUGUUUUUACACGGUGGAAGUGGGGGGAUUUAUAUUCAUUGUUGUCGGUCGACGGAAAAAGACGUCAAAAGCAUAGAGAUGUAGCAUAUAGAGUGGACGUCAUCGACCCAAACGGGUUGUUGUGGGGGAUUAAAAUAAAAAUAUUCGUUUCUAGUUGGAUAAAUACAUCUAUUAUGUAAUUAGGCGGUGUAAAAUUUUUAUUUUGUAGUUUAGUUAUCUUCUAAAACGGUUUCGCCAUUGCAUUUCCGAUCUAUGCGCUGAAGCUCUACGUCCAUGGAGCCAAAUUGAAGCUGGCCGAUUUGCAGCUCAGCGAGAAGAAACAUGGACCUGAUCUGCAAACCGAAGGGCAAGUCCGCCGUGUGGAUGUACUUCGGCUUGAAAGCGGACGAAAAGGGCCAGCCUCUGAAGAACAGCGAGGCCGUGUGCCGGCUGUGCCGAAAGAUAGUGCCCACCAAAGGAGGGAACACCACCAAUUUGAGAAGUCACCUCACGCGACGACACCGCGCGGAGUUUUUGGAGAGCUCUUCUUCCGCCACAGCUGCCACAGCUUUUCCCAGAACUCCUGGUGUGGACAUCAAUCCCGAUGAGCUCACAGAAGACGCUGCGAUACUCCACAACCCUUCAAACUCCAGUUACGUCCCUGACGCUGUCAUCCCACCGGGCGAGCCGUGGCUCUACGGCGGACCCUGCAGGGCCGUGCUGUCCCUGCCGUCCUGUUUGUGCGUGUAUCGGGACGGCGCCGCUGGGAUGUCCAGUCCUGGGUUUUCUGGAGAGGAUCAGGGGGAGAUGAAGGUGUACGCCAAGUGUCAGCUCCAGCAGGGCGUCAUGUUCGGCCCGUUUGUGGGAGAAGUGUGCAAAGGACAGAUGCCCAGCAACCUCAAAUACGCUUGGGCUGUCAGAGAUGACUCUGGAUUCUCCUACGUGGAUGCUGUGGAUGAAAACAAGUCAAACUGGAUGAGAUAUGUGAGGUACACAAGCAGCGAGGAGGAACACAACCUGGUGGUUUUCCAGUUCUACCGCCACAUCUACUACAAGGUUUCCCAGCCCAUCUCAGAGGGAACAGAGCUCAGGGUUUGGAUUGGCAGGGAUUACGCCUCCCUUCUGGGUCUGGGGAUGGGUGACAAAUGUGAAAUAGGAGACAAAGAGGUGGCUCUGCGCCUCCUGCAGGACAUUCAGCUGGUCACCCUGCCAGAGCUGAGCAGCACUAACCUGUGGUCAGACAGCAGCCAAUCACAGAGCCCCAUGCCGGUCAUCAGUGACGUGACAACCGUGUCGAACCCAGAAAUAGUCGGGGACCCAGCCAUGAUGUCCACCUCUUCCUUUUCCCUGGCCUCCCAGAGUUCCUUAAUCUCCUGCACUUUCCCGAGUGAAAAGUACGACUUCCUGCCGGGAACAGAGAAACUGCUGAGCAACCCAAACGCAUCCCUGAACAGCCCGUGGUACUUCUUCGGGCUGGAGCCGGACCCGACCGGUCGACCUCUGGAUCGCAGCACGGCUGUGUGCAAGCUGUGCAUGGAGCACGUGAGCUGUGGAGGAUCGCUGGACCUCCAGAACCACCUGACCAGCAAGCAUCACAUCAAAGUCCGCGACAUGGCGAAGGAGCGCAGCCUGGUAGCAGCUUUUCCUCAGCGCCCUCUGCCCGUGCUCUGCCCCAGCGGUCUGGUCAGCCCUUCCUCCCCGACGGUGUCCCCCCAAGUGAUUAACGCCAUCAUCAACUUUCUCAUCACGGACCUCCAGCCGCCGUCUGUGGUGGAGGGCAGUGGCUUCAGGCAGCUGCUGUUCACCCUCCUGCCCUCCCACAGGGAGCUGCCGAAGCCCUGGCUGCUGGAGAGCGUCAUGAGAGACCAGCACAUCCGAGGCAGGGUGAGCCUGGCGCAGCUGCUGAAGCAGAGGAGCGGCGGCGCCGAGAGAGACGAGAUGAGCGACCACACCGCCCCGCUGGAGUGCGAGCCCUGGAAGUGCCCGAGGCCCUCCACCAAUCAGGGUGAAGCUUUCCCCUUCGUUACUUUGAGCGUGGAGGUGUGGCUGCACAGCUGGCAGGGAAACUCUGAGCGCUACCUCACCCUGUGGGCCCACUGUAUCGAUGAGAGCUUCAGCUUCCACAACCAGGUGCUGGCCACUCAGAAGCUGGUUUGGAACGGAGAAAACGACCUGGAAGCUCUGGAGGCGCAGGUGAAGGCGAUGACAGCGGAGUGGGGGGGCUUCCGGUCAAAUUUCAUCGUGUUGGGAGUGGAGGGGAAAAGCAGGAUAGGGAUAGACCCCGCGACGAGCGAGAAGGCCGCGGAGGCUACGGGGAACUGCGCUCACCCAAACUCCACGACUUUCUUAGAGCGGGAGGACUCCGCCUCCCCGGAGGAGGUGCACGCCUCGGAGGCGGGGCAGGUCAGCGGGGGCUUCCCGUUCGUGCCGUGCUUCUUUAGCUCCGUGCAGGGCUGCAUCGAGGAGCUGAUGGCGCACCCCGUCAUUCACAAAACUCUCCGGCAGUUCCAGGAUUACCUGAGCGAGCUGUUCCUGCCACCCCCCCAGAGCAAAGGCUCCCUGCAUUUUCACGCUCACAAGUUCCUGAAAAGCCUCCCGAAGGAGGAGCAGACACGGCUCACCUCCUGGGCCCACCGCCAGCCGGCGUGGAAGAAUCUGUACCCUCUGCUGAGCACGCUCGUCAAACACAAAAGCCUCAUCUCUGACAUUUUAAAGGAGAUUAAAGGCGAGUUUUCGCCCAAAGAGUCCGGCUCCGACUGCUCCAACACGUCUGCAGCGCUGCAGUCUCUGCGCUCUGAGUGGAAGGUGUUGGAGGAUCUGUGUUUGGUGCUCAAGCCGCUGGACGUCGCCUGUCAGACCCUCGCCAAGGAGACCUUCCCCCGCCUGUCUCUCAUCAAGCCCAUCCUCACCGGCCUGCUGUCGCGCCACCUCGUGGCCCGACCAGGAGACUCCUCCUCCAUCCUCAAGGAGGUCAAGCGAAUGAUGAGGAGGAGGUUGACCAGCUGCUACAGCAGCCCCGCUGUGAACAGGGUCUUGAGCGUGGCGUGUUCCCUGGACCCUCAGUUCCGUGAGCUGGGCUUCAUGGAAGAUAAGGAGCAGGCCGCCACUUUCAACUGGCUGAAAAGUGAUGCUGUGAGGAUCACGAAGGAGAACUCCUCAAAGAAACAAAUUAAGAUGGAUGACCGGGUGAAGAGGAGCUCCUCCCCCGAGUCACUGGAGUCGGAUAAUGACAUACGAAGGAGCAAGCGCCUCAAAGAAUGCCCCCCGAUCAACUUCAGAGAGAUCGUAGGGGAAGAGAGCGACCCUGGGGAACCCGAGGAGAGCGAGGAUCCAGACCCCUGUUUUCAGCCCGGCCUUUCUGGGAUGGAGUUCCUGCUCGGAGACCUUUUCUGCUCCGGCGCCAAGAGCCGGAACAGUUCUGUGGAGGAGUCUGUCGAGAUGGAGAUAUCGGUCUUCAGAGCUGACAAGGGCUCGUCUCUGGGGAUGGAGCCCCUGCAGUGGUGGAGGACCAAGGCGGUGCAGUUUCCUCUGCUGGCUUCAGUGGCCCGCGUCUACCUGGCUGCCCCGGCGGUGGCGGGGAACGCCGCGCAGGACUUUGUGCAGGACGGAACCAUGAACAGGAGGAGGUCAAACAUUCCGCCAGAAAGUUUGGACACCAUGCUCUUCCUGCACCACAACCGCAUUUCGGUCACCGACGGUGGGCCGGCAGCAGCUAGCGACCGCGGCUGAUGAGCGUGAAACUUUUUGACUGACUUUGACCACAAACCGCGCGUUCGGUCGGGCAGCGGCUGGUGUUGGUGGCGAAGAAGCAGCAAAUCACAAUCACUCCUGAUUUCUCCACCCACCAGCUCUGCUGCUGGUCGAUGCAAACAUUUGAUUAUCCAAUCACGUGACGGCAGCUUCCUGCUUGGCCACACAGGUUAAGAAAUGUAAAGAUUUAAAUAAAUUCUCAUCUAAAACAGUUGGAACCAGUUAAGGGUAUUUAAAAAAGCAACAAUCAAAAGUCCCAGCUAAGAAGUCUAUCCCUCUUCCAUGAAACCCAGUCAUGGAGGAGGAAACGGUGUAGUGAGCGUAGGAGCACAAAAGGGGAACUGAAGGGCGUAUCAACAUUGAACACAUGCACACAUAAACUUUACUUGCUGUUUAGCAGGAAUUCCGUUUCACCACGCAGCCUCCUUGUCGGCUCCUUGCAUGGUUGCCGCCUCCCAUCUUACCAAGUUUUCUUGAGCGAUCAGCAGUCGGUUCUCCUUUGUUUCCUUCAGCUCCCCUCUGAAGCGGCGCAGGUGAUGUCAGUCCAAGUCCUCGCCCCCUAAACCUGCUUGAAGCUCCAUUUUCCAACAUCUUUUGAUCUAUUCGAAUGGGUAGGAAACAGUCCUGUCCAGUAAGGUGUAAGUCUGUCACCCCAAUGCACCACAAACACAACAAAUUCACGCUGAAAAAUGAGGAUCAACAACAAAUGAUCUGUUACACACCUGAUCCACAUUUAACAGGUGUAAAAGUGCACACCUGAGUAUUAUAGAAGUGUUUGUGAAUCAUCAUUUAAGAAAAAAGUCAAUACUGGAAAUGCUUUUUCAUUUUCACAAUGUAACUACAGUACUUGCUUGUUAAAUAAAAUGAAAAAGCAAUUCUCCGAAUGACUUUCUUUUUAUUCAUCAUCAUAGCUCUUUAUGUAACUUAAUUAAAAUGAUAAAGAAAAUGACAUUUGACAUUUCAUUUUCAAAAAGUUCUCUGGUAAAUUUGUGCUAAAAUUCAAUUGGAAAUAUCAAAUUUGAAAAUUAAAUUGGAUUAACAGAAAUGCUUUUUCAUUUCCACAAUGUAACUGCAUUACUUGUCUCUAAAAUAAAAUGGAAAAGCAAUCCUUCAAACUGCGUUUCUAUUUUCUUCAUCAAUACUACAAUUCUGUAGUUAAACUUUGUAAUUAAACUUUUUUUGAUUUCACAUCUCACCUCGCAAUUAAAUCUUAUAAAUCAGUUUGCAGUUCCAAGGGGCGAACCCUUGCUUAUUUUUUAAUGAAGCAGUCUUCGUUGGCUCUCUAAUUGAAUUUUGUUACAAAUUUACCAGAAAACUUUUUGAAAAUGAAAUGUUAAAUGCCAUUUUUUAAUUAUUUAAUUAAGUUACAGAA